UUCCGAAUUUUUGAGGUGCAUUUUGAGUUGAGGUUUUGGAAUCGUGCGCGAUUUUAGUUGUUGGAGCGCAUUGUGAGCGUCAAGGUUCAGCGUUCGGCUGUGUUCGGGUGACGUCACGAGCGCUGCGUCACAUCGUGUUUUCCGGGAGGUUUGCGCCAAUGAGGAGGGCGAUCGGCGUCACGUGCCCGCUCUGGGCCAAUAGCCGCGCGAUUAGUUCGGAUUAGAUGGAACAAUUCUGACAAGCGUAGAAAAAGUUUCAUCAACAGCCGCCAUUUUGCCUGUUUGAGAACGCGUUGAAUUUCGGAUGAAUUCCGCAAAUCGUCGGUUUGUAUGUAAAUCAAAGGGUUGUUUUUUGGUGGGUUUUCGGCGGGGACGCUGAUGUAGUGGUGCGAGCGCGCCGAUGUUUGUGAAAAAAGUGCGGAAAAGUGCGGAGUGAUUACGGCCGAGAACAUUGUGCGCCUCCGACGGAAGAUGGUGAGAGGUAGAAGCGGAGUGCAGUUGAAGAUGGCCGAUGGUUGACUGUUGACAAUGUGCCUUGAGUCAAAGGACCUGAUCAUGUGUUUUACGCGCGAAUAGUCACGCUUUUACUGACCAUGGCUGACCAUCUCGUCGACGGACCCCCGAACGCCAAACGGCAGAAGCUGGACCCCUUCCAGGGGCCCUCAGACUCCUCAGCUUACUACGGCCCGGCCAUGGGGGGUGGUGGACACGAACACGACCAGCACCAGUGGAACAUGAGCCACAAUCAAAAUGUUCUUUCGAACAUGGAUAUGUUCGAUCUGGAGAACGACCUUCCUGACGAGUUGAUAACGCCGACGUCGUGGCCGAUCUCCGACAACAUGGGAAACAGCAAACCGCCGCCUCAUGGUCCCGGUCCCGGAACAGGGAUGCAAAAUGGGAUCGACAGCGGUGACAACAGUAACAAUUUACGCCAACUUCAGCUCAAUAUGCUCCAGAGCAAUAAAGGUUUAAUAAGUAACGCACUGGCAAUGGCCGGGGGACAAUUAGGCAACAAAAGUCCUAAUUUACAAUCGCCACCCAACGUUUCGGUGGCGAAAGGUAAUGUCGUGGAUCAAAUGAAUUUGGGGAGUUUGGCGUCGAGUAUUUCGAAUAGUGGUGGAUUACAGUCAAUGGCUAAUAAUGGAACGUCACCACAAAUUAUGAGUUCAAUUCAAGGUACAAAAUGGAUGAAUAAUAGUGCCGGUGGUAAUAUGAUUAUGACGAAUAGUAGUAUGAGUACUAUGGCGGGAAUGGCUGGAGGUGGGUUGGUUGUUAGUAGUACGGUGAAUAAACCGUUGGCAAAUGCGACGAAUAUGUUGGCACCGGGACAACCACAUCAUCCCGGGAACCAUACAGUACCUCAACAGCCAAUGCAAAAUGGUCCGAUGCUGGGCCGCGUCACAAUGCAACAUUUGAACGCGCGCGCUCCAGGCCCCCACGGCGUCCAUCCACUCGGUACCCGGAUGCAAGCCCCGGGUAUGAUGCAAUUGGGCGGCGCUGUGGGCCAAGGAAUGCCUGGAAAUACUCCUUAUUCAUAUCCCAAUGCCGGACCUCAAGGUGUUGCCACACCGCAACCUCACGCUAAUAAAUUAGGACUUCCUCAAACGAGGUUCGGGGGACCUGGAGGUCCCGUCGGACCGGCCGGAGGCGGCGAAGGUGGAAUGGCACCAACUCAAUUGCCUGCACCCUCACCUGCCCAACCCCAAUCCGGAGCUCCAUCCGGAACGCAACCCGGACCGCAAACCGCCACCCAAAACCAGGGAGCGGGACCGCCACCGUCUUCGACGGCAGACCCAGAAAAACGAAAGUUGAUCCAACAACAAUUAGUGUUGUUACUACACGCACAUAAGUGUCAAAGACGAGAGGCGCAAGCCAACGGUGAAGUGUGGCAGUGUAAUUUACCGCAUUGUAAAACGAUGAAAAACGUUUUAAAUCAUAUGACGACGUGUAAUGCGGGAAAAAGUUGUUCCGUGGCGCAUUGUAGUUCCUCGAGACAGAUUAUAAGUCACUGGAAGCACUGUACGAAAAUGGACUGCCCGGUUUGUUUACCAUUGAAACAAGCCGAUAAAAACCGAAAUAAUAACCCUAACGCAACGACUAAUCCGCCUCAGAGUACUCAGUCGAUUAACCCAUCGGACAUGCGUCGUGCCUACGAUGCUCUAGGCAUGCAGUGUCCGACGACGGGGGCAGGUACCGCCCCCACGGGUCUCAUUCCCAACGCUGGCCCGCAACGCCCUUGCAUCCGAUUACCCAUCGCCGGCGGUCCCAAUAUGGCCGCUGGUCUGGGAGUCAGAGGGAUGGCCCCCGGCGCUGUCCAACCCGCCCCCAACGUUAGUCUACCUCUCGGUAGCGAUUCGGCACAAAAUACCAACCAAGGAGUGAGUCAAGUCGCCGCGAAUCUCCAACAAAGCAUUUCGAUUUUCGGUCUUUCAAACGACGGCACUGGACAAGGACUCAUUGCACCGGGAGGGUUACAAGCCGGUCAGGUGACCGCAUCACCAGUUCAAGGGACCAAAGAAUGGCACCAGUCGGUCACACCCGAUCUCAGAAACCAUCUGGUGCAUAAAUUAGUACAAGCGAUUUUUCCAACACCCGAUCCACAAGCGAUGCUCGAUAAGAGAAUGCAUAAUUUAGUAGCCUAUGCGCGGAAAGUCGAAGGUGAUAUGUACGAAAUGGCAAACUCGAGAUCUGAGUACUAUCACCUUCUCGCCGAAAAGAUUUACAAAAUUCAAAAAGAGUUGGAAGAGAAGCGACAAAAAAGAAAGGAACUACAACUACAACAACAGCACACACAACCUCCACAAAUACGACCAAAUUUGCAAGGAGCCGUUCCCGGAGUCGUCACGAGACCACCUGGGGUUCCUGGAGGUUUACCACAAGGCCAACAACCAGGAUUACGUAGCGGUUCUCCCGCAUUAGGUAACAUGGCCACACUGAACCAAGCCGGAGGUCGCUUAUUCCCAGUACAACAAAACCAAAAUCAAAGCAAUGUCGUGGGACUUCCAGGCCCGAGUCCCACUGCCUCAAAUCCGGGAUUAUCGCCAUUCGGCCAACCAAUGUCACAAAACAGUAACGCGUCUACGUCAGCAGGUAACCAGUUCGGUACUUCAAACGGACCUGUGAGCCUUCCUCAAGCAUCACCAGCGAGCUCGACUCAAAAUCAGUUUAACGACUUGAUGAAAAAUCGUCUCGCACCUUCACCCUCCGCUUUUGGUCUUCAAUCUCAAAUUCAAAAUCAAAACCAAGUCAAUAAUAAUUUAAAUGCGACUCGAAUAACGCCAAAUUCGGAAACAGUAAUGACGCCGCACGCUGCCGGCCCCAAAUCGGUGAGUUCGUCGCGGGGGCCGUCACCAGCACCUGCCACCCCCGUGCAAUCUUCACCCGCCACCGCAGCCAGUCUGGGUAAAGGCAUGUCGAGUGCAGAACGAGCGGCUCAAAAUGCACCAAGACAGUCGUCGAUGUCGUCUCAGAUGGCGGCGAUUACGGCGGCACAUGAUCGCGACGAAGAGUCGCCUUCGCCGCCUCCGAAUAGUAUCAAGGGGAAAUUGGAACAGAUGAAAGAGGAGAAUUCGAUGGACGUUAAGCAUAUAAAACAAGAAGUUGAAGAAGAACCUGGGCAGAGUGAAGGUGGGAAGAAUAUAAAGAACGAGAUGCAGAUGGAUAUUAAAUCAGAAAUGAAAACGGAACCAAUGGAUGAUUGUGAAGGAAAAAUCAAAGAGGAGGUGUCUGAUGGUUCGUUGGACGUAAGGCCUUCCACUUCGGACGGGGCGUUAGUACCGAUGGCCUGUAACGUGGACAAGAAACCGAAAAAAUGCUUUUUUAAAUUUGACGAGCUUCGCCAGAAGUUAAUGCCGACUUUGGAGAAACUCUACCGACAAGAUCCUGAAAGUCUGCCGUUUAGACAACCGGUAGAUCCCCAAACUUUGGGCAUACCCGACUACUUUGACAUUGUAAAAAGACCAAUGGACUUAUCUACGAUCAAAAAGAAACUUGAUAUUGGUCAAUAUACCGACCCUUGGGAAUACGUCGACGACGUUUGGUUGAUGUUUGACAACGCGUGGUUGUAUAACAGAAAAACUAGCCGGGUUUAUCGAUAUUGUACUAAAUUAUCUGAAGUAUUUGAAAUGGAAAUCGAUCCGGUGAUGCAAUCCAUGGGUUACUGUUGCGGCAGGAAAUACACUUUUAAUCCGCAAGUCUUGUGUUGUUACGGAAAGCAAUUAUGUACAAUUCCACGCGACGCCAAAUACUACAGUUAUCAAAAUAGUCUAAAAGCAUAUGGACUCGGCUCCGACAGAUACACCUUCUGCCAGAAGUGCUUCAACGAUAUCCAAGGCGAUACGGUAACCCUAGGCGAUGAUCCGACCCAAGCGCAAACGGCGAUAAAGAAGGAUCAGUUUAAAGAAAUGAAAAACGAUCAUUUAGAAAUGGAAGCUUUCGUCCAUUGUACUGACUGCGGGCGAAAACUGCACCAAAUUUGCGUACUCUACAACGAAAACAUCUGGACGCAAGGUUUCACUUGCGACGAAUGUCUAAAGAAAAAAGGUCAGAAACGUCGCGAUAAUAAAUUUAACGCGAAACGACUCCCCGUUACGAAGUUAGGUGUGUACAUAGAAACGCGUGUGAAUAACUUUUUGAAAAAGAAGGAAGCCGGUGCCGGUGAGGUUUCGAUUCGGGUCGUUUCGAGUUCGGAAAAAACAGUCGAAGUGAAACCGGGAAUGCGUGGAAAGUUUGUCGAAACGGGCGAACUAGCGUCCGAAUUUCCUUACAGAGCGAAAGCUCUAUUCGCGUUCGAGGAAAUCGACGGCGUGGACGUUUGUUUCUUCGGAAUGCACGUCCAGGAAUACGGGUCGGAAUGUCCGCCGCCAAAUACGCGACGCGUGUACAUUGCUUACCUCGAUUCUGUACAUUUUUUCAAACCGAGACAGUUUCGAACUGCCGUCUACCAUGAGAUUUUAUUGGGGUACAUGGACUAUGUGAAACAGUUAGGGUAUACUAUGGCACACAUUUGGGCGUGUCCGCCGUCCGAAGGUGACGAUUAUAUCUUCCAUUGUCAUCCGGUCGAACAAAAAAUCCCCAAACCGAAAAGACUGCAAGACUGGUAUAAGAAAAUGUUAGACAAAGGGAUCAUCGAAAGGAUAGUUCUCGAUUAUAAGGAUAUUUUGAAGCAAGCAAUGGAAGAUAAUUUGAGGUCGGCGGCAGACUUGCCGUAUUUCGAGGGAGAUUUCUGGCCUAAUGUUCUCGAAGAAAGUAUAAAAGAACUGGACCAGGAGAAAGAAGAGAAGAGGAAGCAAGCGGAAGCUGCCGAAGCGGCGGCAAAUGCGAUAUUUUCCUUGACGGAAGAGUGUGAGACUGGUCCCGAUGGUAAGAAGAAAGGUCAGAAAAAAGCCAAGAAGAGUAAUAAAUCGAAAGCGAAUCAGAGAAAAAAUAGUAGUAAAAAAUCGAAUACUCCUCAAACGGGUAAUGAUCUCUCGGCGAAGAUCUUCGCAACGAUGGAAAAACACAAAGAAGUAUUCUUCGUCAUAAGGCUACAUUCAGUGCAAUCGGCGGCGAGUCUUGGGCCGAUUCAAGAUCCUGAUCCGUUUAUCAACUGCGAUCUGAUGGAUGGUCGCGACGCUUUCCUUACCCUCGCCCGCGAAAAACACUACGAAUUUUCAUCACUACGUCGCGCCAAGUACAGUACCAUGUGUAUGCUGUACGAACUGCACAACCAAGGCCAAGACAAAUUUGUUUACACCUGCAAUAACUGCAAAAGUCACGUGGAGACGCGCUACCAUUGCACCGUCUGUGACGAUUUCGAUCUCUGCAUUCAAUGCUACGACAAAGAGGGUCAUCCUCACAAAAUGGAAAGACUCGGUUUCGAUCUCGAUGAUGGUUCCUCGCCCAGCGAUCAAAAACAAGCCAAUCCGCAAGAAGCACGAAAACUAUCGAUACAACGUUGUAUCCAUUCCCUGGUACACGCGUGUCAAUGCAGGGACGCCAACUGCCGACUUACCAGCUGUCAGAAGAUGAAACGCGUUGUUACACAUACCAAAGUUUGUAAGAGGAAAACGAACGGUGGCUGUCCGAUUUGUAAACAAUUGAUCGCGUUGUGUUGUUACCACGCCAAACACUGCCAAGAGACCAAAUGUCCAGUGCCGUUCUGUUCGAAUAUUAAGCAUAAGUUGAAGCAACAGCAGUUGCAGCAGCGGUUGCAACAAGCGCAGUUGUUGCGUCGACGAAUGGCCGUGAUGAAUACGAGGACUUUGCCGCAAGGCAACGCGAUGCCGGGCGCUAAUACUGUCGGGUUGUCGUCGGGAGGACAAUCGGUGGGGCCGGGGGCGAUAAGUCCGGCCAACUCGAUGAAUUCGUCAACGAUGGCGAAUAGUGCGAUGGGAAUGCAAUCGCCCCAUCAGCCGGGCAUAGGACUGAAACCGGGGACGCAAACACCACCCCCAAAUGUACUACAAGUGGUGAAGCAAGUGCAAGAGGAGGCGGCAAGGCAACAAGCACCCCACGUUGGAUACGGGAAAGUGACGCCGGGUGGUGGAGUCCCGGGACAGAACAUGCCGCCGCCGCAGAUGAGACACAUGGAAGGGGGUAAUUUAUUACCGAUGACCCAAUGGCAAAGGUAUCCAGGCGGUGCCGCUCAAGGUAUCCGCCAACCCGGCCCUCAACUCAUUCAACAAGGCCAAAUGGGUCAAGCCCCCAUGCAACCUAAUCAAGGUGGUGUCCGUCCCGGCGCCGGGAGCAUCACAAAUCCACAAAACGCAAUGCAAAAACAAGCAUUGCAACAAUUAAUGCAGACUUUACGGUCGCCACAAUCGCCCGAACAACAGCAACAAAUUUUGACGAUACUUAAAGCCAAUCCACAAUUAAUGGCGGCCUUUAUUAAACAAAGACAGCAGGCUCAGCUUCAACAAGCGAGCGGUGGGGGUGUUGGAGGUACGCCGCCCCAACAAUUGCAGCACAUCUUAACCCAGCAGAACACUGCCCAGCACCCGAAUCGGCUCCAGAUGCAAGGAGGCAUGUUGGGUCAGAAUCCGGGACAAGGACUGAAUCAAGGCCCCCCGAAUCAACCUCUGACCCAACAACAACAGCAGCAACAGUGGUACAGAAACCAGCAGUUGUUGGCAAUGCAACGGCAGCAGCAGCAACAACAACAGCAGCAACAACAACAGCAGCAGCAGCAGCAACAACAGCAGCCGUUCCAGCAACCUGGAGCGCCGCCUUCAUACCAACAAAGGCUACCGGCGAUCCGACAGCCCCACAUGAACUACAACUCGUAUCCGGAUCAGCAGUAUCCCCCCAUGCAGGGAUUAAAACCGACGCCACCGCCCGUGCCGUCGCCCCAAGGUGUGAUGGGGCCCCCUCAAGGGGGCAUUUCCGUACAGCAGCAACAGUUGAGGAGUCCGCCUCCGAUUAGGAGUCCACAGCCGAGUCCGUCGUCGCGGCCGUCGCCGAGUCCGAGGAAUCAGGCAGUGGCGAGUCCAAGGGGGCCUCAACCGAGUCCGCACGACAUGGCGGCGUCGGAGAUGUUACUAGGACAGAACCAUACGGGGUCUUUGCAUCCCCACGCGUCACCAGUCGGGGGUUCGAACCAGGAAACGGGCGAAGUGCCGGCGAUGACGCCCCAAGACCAGUUGAGUAAGUUCGUUGAACAGCUCUAGUGGUGAGUGUUGGCACGGGCGCUGUUCGAACAACGAACCGGCAAUGGUGCUACGUAAUUCAAUUUUUCGACGAGUUUUUUCGUUGCGUACAAGUGUAAAGUGAUGUAAAUGUAUACUUAAAGACCGACGAGUGUAGCUAUGUAAAUAAAGUGUAGAUUUUAAUCUAAAUGGACUAUGUAUUUUUGAUUGUACAUAUGUUUAAUACACUCUUGUAUCAUAUUAUAAAUAAUGUUAGUGAAAAUGUUUACCUAUGAUGUGAAUGAAGAUACCUAAAAGUAUUUGGCUUGCGAGGCUGUGUUCUUAACUUAACGGAUUGUUACCUGCGGAGGUAGACUCGACAUAGCUACGCACUGUUGCUAUAUUUGUUUUUUUAUAUUACAAUUACGACUCGUGACAAGUUUAUGAUUAGUGAUGCUGUAUAAAUUAGCAUGAUUUUUACCGAGACUGUAAUGUGUCGUGUCCGGUAGCUAUUGUGAUGGUGGCCAAACGGCCCCCUAUUUGUUUUUAUAUAAUAUAUUUAUAAUUUAUA